AAAGUUCUAUCAGUUAGUUUGACGGAAACCUUCGAGACGAUCGGUAGAACUGGACAGUAAAUAUGUCGCCUGUAACGCGAUUAUUGGUGCUUCUGUUGGCCAUUGGCGGCGGCAUGGUCUAUAAGCGUUUGAAUCAAUUGUGGGGCGAUUUGCCACCGCCCACGCUCGACCCAGAGCAAUGGUGGGGCGAUGAGGAGCAGCCGAAAGACUAUGCAGCCUAUUUGAGCAACUCAUCUGAAGUGAUAGGCAAUCGUCUAGUGUAUCCAGAUUCAACUAUUCAAGAUUUGAUUAAGCAAUUGAAUCGCACGCUACGUCUCACACCACCGCUUGAGGGCGUGGCCUUUGAGUAUGGCUUCAAUAGCGACUAUUUGAAGGAAUUGAUCGCCUAUUGGCGUGACGACUAUUUGCCGCGUUGGCGCGCGCGUGAAGUUUUCCUGUGGCAGUUCAAUCACUUCACCACCGAAAUCCAAGGUCUACGCAUGCAUUUUCUCCACCUGAUGGUCUACGACGAGAACAAGGUGGGCAAACAUCAUUAUCCGGUGCUGCUGCUGCACGGCUGGCCGGGAUCGGUGCGCGAGUUCUAUGAUCUGAUACACAUGCUCCAUCAGACCCAUUUGGAUCCGAAUAACAAAUAUAUAUUCAAUGUAAUUGUGCCCAGUUUGCCGGGCUACGCUUGGUCCCAGGGUACUUCGCGUCCAGGCCUGGGUCCCGCCCAGAUGGCUGUGAUGCUGCGCAAUUUGAUGUUGCGUUUGGGCUACGACAAGUUCUUUAUACAAGGCGGCGAUUGGGGCUCCGUUUUGGGCUCUAACAUAGCGACGCUCUAUCCACAAAAUGUGCUUGGCUAUCAUUCGAACAUGUGCAAUAAUCUGUCGCCCAGAUCGCAUGUGAAGGGUCUGCUGGCCAGCGUCUGGCCGAGCUUGUUUGUGCCAAGCGCCUUCACGGAUUUCUUCUUUCCCAAGUCCAAGGAAUUUGGUUAUUUAUUAGAGGAGGGCGGCUAUUUCCAUUUACAGGCCACAAAGCCGGAUACGGUGGGUGCUGCGCUGACAGACAAUCCCGUUGGCCUGGCUGCCUACAUUCUCGAAAAGUUCUCCACGUGGACAAACGCCAGCUAUCGCUCCCUGCCCGACGGUGGCCUUACGAAGCGCUACACACUGGACGCCUUGUUCGAUAAUGUGAUGAUCUACUAUCUGACCAACUCCAUUACGACGUCACAGCGUCUCUAUGCAGAGGCGUACACCAAGGAGCAGCAAGCGCUGCAGCUGGACCGUGUGCCAACGCUUGUGCCCACGGGAUGUGCUCGUUUCAAGGGCGAUAUAAUGCAGUUCCUGGAUCUGCAAUUGAAGGACAAGUAUAAGAAUUUAAUACACAGCACGUACUAUAGGCGAGGCGGUCACUUUGCGGCUCUGGAGCUGCCCAAAGUGCUCUACAAGGAUUUCAUUGACUUUGUUAAGAAAGUUGAAAGCAAAUUUAAAAUAGAGUCAUUGUAAGUUACUAAUAAAGUUUGAAUAGCAAAAUA